AUGAAGAAGAAACUUGAUACUCGUUUUCCUGCUGGUAGGAUUAAGAAAAUUAUGCAAGCUGAUGAAGAUAUAGGGAAGAUUGCUAUGGCUGUGCCUCUUCUAGUUUCGAAAGCACUAGAACUAUUUCUGCAAGAUCUGUGUGAUAAGACAUAUGAUGUAACACUUAGGAGGGGAGCAAAGACUAUGAAUGCUUUUCAUUUAAAACAGUGCGUACAAACUUUUAAUAUAUUUGAUUUUCUGAAAGAUAUUGUGAGCAAGGUUCCUGAUUUAGGUGGUUCUGUUGCAACUGGCGACAACCAAACGGUCACUAAGAGGAGGAAAGUUGCUGAAGAUGAUGAUAAUGACAGCGACGGAGAGACCAAGGGAAAUAAAAUGCCAGAACAUUCACAUAGCAAUGGAAGAGGAAGAGGAAGAGGAAGAGGUAGGGGUAGACGCAGGGGUCGUGGCCGUGGUCGUGGAAAUAAAGCUGUCGAUCAAGAGAUCUGUUCACAUGUCAAAUUUGAAGAAGAUUCCGAAGCCUCAAAACAAAACGGAAGCCACACACAAAGUAAUGAAAGCCCGGAAAGUGUGCCAGAACCCGAGGAAGUUAAGCCGAGGUCACCAGUAAGACAACCCGAGGAAUUAAAGCAGAGUUCACCAGUCAGAAAACCGGUCGUCGUUCGAAAUUUCGAUUUAAAUUUGGAGCCAGACGAGAACAUGGAUUUUUUAUCCGCACCAGCUCCUGUCCCAUCUUGUUCACAGCCUAGAAAAUCAAUUUCUGAAGAAAAGAUUGAGGAAUACCCUGGAUGGUCCUUAUCUGAUAUGGAAAAAAUGGCUAUUGAUCCCAUACAACUAGCCAGCUUAAGUAAUAGGAUUGAUGAAGAUAUGGAAGAUUAUGAUGAAGAAGUGUAG